UGGCUGUAACACUUUAGGAACGCCUUCUUAUUUACGUUUACGUGCCACUGAUUGGUGAAGGCGGGGUUGACGGCGUCGUUCGGUAAAGUCUUGUAGUCACCAAAUCCUAACCGAUUGAUCGCGGUGCACUUGCGACGGGCACGCAGAGUAGAGCGGUGGCGCAGUUAGUGUCAACGUUUGCCAGUCUUGGUAUUUCAGACAGUCGUUACUGUACAAGAACCGUUCGUUGUUAUCCCACAUUAUAGAAAUUUUUCAGGAAUGGGCCACAACGCGGGAACGUCCAACGGUACCAGCAAUAACGUUCAAAUCAGAUGUACAUAUCCCGGAUGUCACUGCGACGCUUUCACUACGGCACCGGACAAUGUGCGACAGUGUUACAGUUGUACCCACGGUUGGGUUCCUCAUGCUUUGGAUAAGAUCGGCAUCGUGUACCAAUGGGACAUGCGGAAAUACGAGCCGAUCACGUUCGACUGUGUUUUCGACAUCGCCAGUUUGAUCCUUUUUGGAACGCAUGGCAUCCCGUUCCGCCUCCACGUUUGUCUUGAGCGGUUGCUGGCUUGUUUGGAUACAGAUGAUGUGAUUCGCAUUGUUGAGCAGUUUGAUUGGAUUUGGGAAGAUUUUUACCGUGGAUACAAAUUACAGGCUAAUGACAAAACGCUGCGUAAUAACUGGGUCUAUCCGACGCUUGUGGACGAAACGAUGAUUUUGGGACAUUUUCUGAAAUACAAACCAACCCAAGCUGUGGCUACUCGUUUCCUCCAGGAUAUUGCCAACCAGCGGAAAGAGGACAACCCUUACCUUCAGGUGUUCGCACAGCCACCGGAGUCUGGUUUGCAGACUUUCUUCCUGCAGAACCAACAAAAAUCCAACGCGGCUGCCAAUCCACUGGUGCCGCCGUCCCCCGCCGCCGCUCCUCCGCAUUCUGUCCAAAAUGGACUCGUUUUGCAGGGCCUCAAUUCACCGCGUCCCGUGCCCGUGCAUGCGGACAGUAACGGAUCUCUCACUCCCGUCGUUAUCCGAGCCGUACAGAAUGGCACCAUCCAUGUCCAACCGGAUACGCACAUGUCGCUGCCGCAUACGAAUCAGUUCAACCUCAGUCUGAACCAGUCCACGCCCACCGCUUCCACCCCUCCCCAGCCGACUAUUCCCGGUAAACGAAAACUGCAGCCUAAACCUCCAACUACUCCUCAGCCCGUUGUGGCUGCCGAAAAACCCCCACAGACGCCUCCGCUCAGUAAUGGAGCUGCUGCUACCGACCACGUGGGAAAGAAAGCCUUGCCCAAACUGGAGAAACUAACGCCAGCCGCCCUGGAAUCCAUGGCCAAUAUGAUUCCCAAGAAAACGCCCACAAAACGGGUAGACUGCGAUCAUUGCCAUAAAAGCUUCUGCGAUAAGGGAGCUUUAAAGAUCCACUACAGUGCUGUACAUCUUAAAGAAAUGCAUCGGUGUACAGUGAAAGGAUGCAACAUGAUGUUCAGCUCGCGCCGCAGCCGCAAUCGCCAUUCUGCCAACCUGAAUCCGCGCCUGCACAGUAAUUUGUUUCAACCCCGACGCGGUGGUAUUUUGGCGUCGGGAGACGAUGAACUGCCGCCGCAGAAUGACGAGCCGGAGCCCAGUGAUAUCGGCAUGGAUGAUGACGACGACGAUCGGUCAUUGUCGUACGAAGAAGCCGAGCAGCCUGGACUCAAACUGGACAGCCCAGAAUCAAUUGGACAAAACUUCAAGCUGGUUAUUGCGACGGAUGACUCUAAUUCGGCAACCGAUCGGAUGGAACCGAUUGCAAAACGCAAGCCGCACCACAACGGUUGCUUUGAUCCUUACCGUGACGACAUGUUUUUCUCGGGACAGCACAAUCCGAUGAAGGCACUGGACUUUUCCAAACGAACCGGUUCUCACGAUGAGCCGAUGGAUCUGGUGAAAAAUGAACGCAAAUCUGUUGACGCAGAUUUCUUAUUGCAAGCACAGAAGGAACUUCACACGGUGGAGCCACCCAAACGCUUCGGGGAAUUGGCGAGAGGAGAGAGCGAUCCGGGAGUGGGAGAUGGUGCAGAGGAUUCCGACAACGAUGAAUCCUGCUCGCUGAGUGACUCAGCUAUGGACACGGCGCCAUUGCCGCACGUCACCGUCAAACGGGACGAGCACGGAAAGGUCAUCAUUCCCGUUGACCCCAGUGAUCCUAACCGUUGUGUGGAGUGUGGGAAGAUUCUCAAGAAUCACUUCACUGUACGGACGCAUUUCACCAAUGUGCAUUUGCGACUGAUGCACAAGUGCAAGAUACCCGGAUGCGGGGCAGCAUUUCCGUCGGUCAGAAGCCGCGAUCGUCACAGUGCCAAUGCGAAUUUGCAUAAUAAAACUAUGGCGGGGUUUGGAGACGAGCUGAUUGUAAGCACGGUACUAUCUCCGAUGUUAGCCACAGCUGUGGUUGCUCCUUCUACAGCUGCCACCAUGGUGACUCCGACUUCGAACGCCGCUGUUAUCACUCCGGUGUUGACCUUUCCCACUCCGGAGCCGUAAUGCGGCGGUGUUUAUUGCCGUAAUCGUGUGUUGGUGUUCCUCUUACGCACGUAAGGGAUUCGUAAAUGUUUAACCUCAUUGAUUGCAUGCAAUGCCAUGCAUCAAACGUUCGCGGGAAAUGACCCGAUUCUGUGUUGUGAUUGUUUACUGUUCUGAGUUCAGUCGAGUUCUUGCUGCAUGAUCUUUGUUCGUUUUGUGACUACUGGUAAUUAACAGUACUGUAUAUCCACAUUGGUUUUAACGAUUGUAUAAACCUGUUUUGUAAUAAAUUAGUUUGCAUUUGGUGCCCGUCAUUGAAAGCAUUGUCUGCUAGAGUUCCGAUGCUGUGUCUAUUUAGUAUUGUUUUUUUCUCAUUUCCGACCAAAGCGCGCGCACUAACUGACGAAUGGAAUGGAACAAUAAAAGACAUGACCUCGA